GCCUGCGAGGGCCAGCGGAAGCACAUCCACGACCACAUGCCGGUCAAAGCUCCGCGAAAACUCUUUCGGGUGGGAGACCUCGCCAUGUGUCCCAUCCCCAAGAGCGGGUCGACUUUCUGGAAGCAAGUUCUGUUGUACAUUCACGACAACAAAACAGGCCCGUUCUUUGAAGCCGACUAUGGGGACGUGCACAAACGGGCCUUCAGGCACGAGAAGCCGGCCAGUGACGUCAUCGAUGACGACACAAUAACCGCUGUGUUCGUGCGCGAACCUUACGCCCGCCUGUUCUCAGGCUACAUGGACAAGAUCUUCCAGCCUCGCCUCGACAACUGGCGAAGGUUCGCUCGCCCUAUGGCAGAUUUUCUCUUGUCCGGAGUUGAAGCACGGCACACAAUAUACCACAUGUGUCCCGCAAACAUCUCAUUCGCCCAGUUCGUCACCUACUUUAUCGCCGCGCGAGAACGCUGUGAAGGACACAGGCCUCCCGAGGAACCCCCACUUCGUCCCGCAGUCCUUCCUGUGCGGCUUCUGCAGCGACGCCGUUACGCCCGCCACAAUGCAGGCGCGGCGCCAGUGGCUCAUCCGGAAACUGCAGCAUGCUCAGGACCGGAAGCUGCUAACGCCAAGGGGAAAUCGUUUAAACACGACCUCAGACACGAACCUGAAACCUCGAGACAUCGAGAAAGCCGACACAGGUUCUCGCGUCCAACCGUUAUACGACUUUAUCGGCAAAACGGAGAGUCUCCUAGACGACGCGGCGGCCAUUUUGGAAGCUGGGCAACUUUCUGGCAGGUUACCUUCUUUCGAAGACGCGGACCGCAGGACCAAGCGCCAGUUGAUCCGCCUGACCCUCCACCAUCUGUGGAACACACAUCUUGUCAACGUCAUGGCCCACGAGUGUCAGCACAAGGAGGAGGCUCUUCGACGGGUGUGGAAAGGCCUGCAAGUCAGGGGCAUCAUCAGCAAGCGAGAGUUAUUUCCCGUGCCGCCUGAAGACAUCGUGGCGAUCAAGGGCCCGGCUUUUGUCAACAUCACGAUGGCGGCGUUCCAGCGUUCCGCACGGGACCCGACGCUGAGGCGAAACACGAAGGAAGCCAUGAUGGAAGCAUACAGUACUGUCCCUUAUGCGGACAGACAGGC